CCCCUUUCUAUUUUUCCAUUCUAACCAUUGGCUUCUCUUCAAUUAAAAUCAGAAAAGAAUGAAGCCUGCCUUUGCUACUUUGUUGAUUGUUUCACUGCUUCUGAGCUUCUCUUUCCUUCAAACCACCAUGGCUUAUUCAAGUUUCUGCAAAUAUAAGUGUUCAGUGAGGUGCUCAAAAGCAGGCUUGAAGAAACGUUGCAUGAAGUACUGUGGAAUCUGCUGUGCAGCAUGCAAUUGCGUUCCUUCGGGUACAUAUGGGAACAAGUCAGAAUGCCCUUGCUACAUGAACAAACUCAACUCCAAAGGAAAGUCCAAGUGCCCUUAGAUAUUAGUUUUAUUUACCCGGUUUCGUGUCGACCCAUUUCUUCUACUUCUUCUUCUUCUUCUUC